AUGGAUUUUAACAAAGAAGAACUUUUGAAUAAAGCUUUUAAGAACAUUAAAUUAGAGAAUGGAAUUAAAAUAAUGGAAAUAACACCAAAUAUAACUGAUGAAGAUAUACUCACAUAUUUUUAUUACAGACCAACUAUUAACAUUGUAAAAGACGAUGAUCUAAUAGACGAAUGUGUUAAAAACUAUGAAAUGAUUUCUAAUUCAGUUUUUUGCUUUAAAUGUGAUCAGAAAGGGCAUGUAAGUAAAGAUUGUCCAGAUAAUAAGCACAACACUUGUCAAAAAUGUGAUUUAAUACAUAAGAGAGGUGAAUGUAAAUUUGUUUUAUGUUAUAAUUGUGAUUUGUUAGGUCAUCAUGCAGCACAAUGUAACCAAGUGAGAAAGAAAAUUAAGUGUGAUAAAUGUCUAAUUAAUCAUGAUGUUCGAGAAUGUCCUAUAAACUGGAGAUAUUAUCAUCUUAAACCCGAUGAAAUUAAACCAUUGAAAAUGAGUUGUCCUUUGUGUUUUGCAACUGAUCAUUUCAUGGAUGAUUGCAACAUGGCAGAUGAUCAAACAACCGUUUUUACAAAAAAUUUUAAGUUUCUUAUAAAAACUUUUAAAAAUGAGUAUAAAAGAUUUAAAAACAAUAAAAAAUAA